AUGAAUUCGCGCUCUCUGCGCCGCCUGGCCGCGGACCACGGAGCCCUCCACAGCCAAGAGCUGCCACCGUACUUCCUCUUCCCAGCCGAUGCAGCGCAAUCGGACGAUCUCACACAGCUCGAUAUCCUGAUCGCGGGGCCCACGCACACACCUUUCGAAAACGGCGUUUGGAAGCUGCAUCUUUCCAUACCAACCAAUUAUCCGCAACAACCGCCGACUGCGAACUUCCGAACUCCCAUAUUCCAUCCCAAUGUAGAGCCUCAAACAGGGGGCGUCUGUGUGGAAACGCUCAAGCGCGAUUGGGACAGCAAGCUGACGCUACGGGACGUGUUGAUAACUAUCAGCUGCUUGUUGAUCACACCCAACCCUGACAGCGCGUUGAAUGCAGAUGCGGGGCAGCUGAUUCAGGAGGACUAUGCCAAUUUUACCCAGAGAGCUCAGCUCAUGACAAGCAUCCACGCGGGUGUGCCUCGCUCGCUGCAGGCUGCAGUCAAGGAAGCGCAAAAUCGCGGAGAGGAGGUUUCUGCUGGAGAUGAUGAUGAAAGUGAAGAGCAGCUAGUUGCGCCUAUUCCUGAGGCUCCAGUACGCCGGAGGCGGACCAUCGCAAAGGUCAGAGGCCGCAUGGCAGGACGCUGGUCAGAUGCCUCACCUAGUGGAAUGCCAGCUCGAAGACGGCCACAUCCACCGCAUGAAUCUUCUUUUAGAUCUCACUCCCGCAGCGACGAUGUCUUUGGCGAGAUUGUCACCCCGCCUCAGCUGCGUUUCCAAGCAAUGCCAGCGAUGGAUGAAGAAGAUGAUAGCAUGGCAGACGCAGACCAGGAGAACGAUCUAGAAAGGUCUCCAGCUAAGCCUGCCACACCGCCAUUAGCUCGGACUCCCCGGCGACCGCAUGGUGCCGCUGCCCCUCUGGGGGAGCUCAUAAUGGACCAAGAUGAGUACGAAACUUCAGAAGAUAAUGAAAUGGAAGCCGAGUAUCCUCCAAGCCCACGCAAAUCUCCAACAAAGACUCCAGCCUAUCGUGGCCAGCGGCGGCCUGACCAAGCACAUUUGAAUAUCGAACGGCCCGAGAGCAGUCAUCAGGCAGCGAUGCGAGCGCCGAACCUGACACCGCCGAACUACGAUCCUCGUCCGCUGGCGGAGAGCUCGAUGUUAAUGGACAUCACAAUGGAGCCAUCGCCCUCACCACGAAAGCUGCGACGUGAGCUCUUCGCCACUGCGGCGAAAAGGAAAGGCAAGGCAAUGAUUGAACGUGCCGUCACCCCUGAGCCGAAACAAGGCAGAGGCAUGUUUAAGACACGAGCGCCUUCUUCUGCAGAGCGUCAACGGGCAGACAUCGAUCGCCGUGCAAAGCUGGACGCGAAGCUAUGGCGGCUGUGCGGCGGCGACAUUAAGAAGUGGAAUCGUGGCGAAUUUGAUGGAGCUCCUUUUGCAACCAAGGCAGGACGAUGGUGA